CUCCGUCAUAAAGACUGCCACGCACUCCCACGAACCCCGCGACCCCUCAGCAACGACCGCGAGAGCGCCGCAAUGCGUGCACGCCUCUUCCACUUCCACAAGAGUCCGCCGCAUUUCGAUAGACUACCGCCUGACUGAUCACUUGACCGCUGCCUUCAUCGUGAGAUUCGCCUCGCCGCCGUCUGCGUGUUUGCCUCACUCCACCGGCGUGCUAUUUGGCCGCCGCCCUCCUUGGACGCCGCCUGCUCCGCAGACACCAAAUCCGAGCCACGAUGAAGUACACCGUCUACGACCGCCUGCUGCGGCGGGAACUCGCGACCGACCGCAAGCGAUACUCCAGUGUGCUCGGCAUCUACGGCGACAGACAAUGGGUGCAGGACAUGGACGUUGUCAAUGAGCUGGAGGGCCACAACGGAUGCGUGAACGCUCUUUGCUGGUCGACAUCGGGCCGUCUGCUCGCCUCAGGCUCCGAUGACCACCGCAUCAACAUCCACUCCUACCACCCCGAGUCGUCCACCUCGCAGUUCAGUCUCACCACGUCCAUCCUGACGGGCCACCACACCAAUAUCUUCUCCGUGAAGUUCAUGCCCUACUCCAAUGACCGAACCAUUGUCUCCGCCACCGACGACGUGCGUAUAUUCGAUAUCGAAUAUUCCGGCCACUCUGCCCUUGGCUCGUCGUCUUCGGGUGCAUCGCAAGCAGGGAGACGGCGUGUAGGCAUCCACGGCGUGCCGGACGGGCUGACGCUGACUGAAGGAGACACCAACGCAAAAGCAUUUCGAUGCCACACGGACACGGUGAAGCGAAUUGUGACGGAAGACAAUCCCUUCUACUUCCUCACAUGUUCCGAAGAUGGCGAUGUGCGACAAUGGGACAUCAGACAGCCGGCAAGGGCGUACCCGCCGCAGAAAGACAGCAUGAUGCCGAGCUGGGCAGCCAACCACGAUGCCUCUGAUAACGUGCCGCCGCCGCUUAUCUCGUACAGCCGGUACCACCUAGAUCUUAACACCGUCUCUUGUUCUCCGUCUCAACCACAUUAUAUUGCUUUGGGCGGCGCGCAUCUGCAUUGUUUCCUGCACGACCGGCGAAUGCUAGGUAGAGAUAAGCACCAGGAACGAGGCGCUACGCUCUCGAGCCCUAGUAAUUGGAACGACCAUGAUGACGAGCUUCUAGGAAAGGCGACGCAGUGUGUGAAGAAGUUCGCACCUAAUGGGCAGAAACGAAUGAAGCGGAACGACCAUGGUCAUAUCACCGCUUGUAAAAUCAGUGACGCCAAUCCUAAUGAGCUCAUCGUCAGCUGGUCUGGAGAGUACAUCUACAGCUUUGACAUCCUCCGCAGUCCAGAUGCUUCUGAAGAGGUCACGGAACCCAAUCUUUCGCCUGGUACAUCUAGCCGGCGAGUCAAGGAUAAGAGUCGGAAGCGUAAGCGGCCAAAGUCUACCACUUUGUCUCAAGAGGCUGCCGAACGGGCUGGUUCACGUCAACGCACAGAAAGCUUAGAUGAAGGUCUGGCAUUGCGCGUAAACUACGGGAAUGGUCAGAGCGAAGAGAUCCGCAUAGCAGCGCCACAGAGCCCACUCUCACAAAGUGAAGCUGCAGCCAUCCAAGAUACCGAUCACUAUCGUAUCGCGAAGACCUCGGUCAAGCUUCUCAAGAAGAUGUUCAAGCUGCAUGACACCAGGCCACCGACCGAUCCAGAUGAACCAUCUGCACAUACAGCAGCUUUCACCUCCGUGCUCGGCUUCGCUGCUUCGAUAUUGCCAGACAUGGACGAGAUAUCGAGGACAUGGCACUAUCCCAUGAAUCCAAAUCGGGUCGAUGUGGCCUUGCAGAAUAAGUUGCGCGAUGGACGAGCUGCCUCCCGUCGCUUCGUCCAGGCUGCAGGUACCCUUGCCCGCGUACUUGGGGGUCAAUUGCGAACUGGUGGUGAUGCCAAUGCCGUCAUUUCUCAGUACUUCGCCUCUAUCCAACCUGCGCCAAAUGAGAGGGCGUUGUUGCCGCGGCACGAGCAAUUCGGGUACGAUUUCUUGAAGGCUAUUCUUCUCUGGCUUGACUCCGGCCUUGGGGCGGUCGUUGAAGGAUUCUCAAGUCCCGGCAGUAAUCCCCGCCGUCCGAUUACCCCUGAUGCGGAUGUGGACGCCAUUGACGACAUCCUCAUUCCGUAUCUUCUCCAACUAGCGAGCGACAAACCCAUUGUCAACGUCGACGCCUCUAGAUUCGAGACAGAUGCGACAAGAAUCCUCUACUCCCAUGAGAAGGCUGCUGUUAUUGGCUUUGCCCGCGCUCUCAAAGUUCCGUUUGCUGACCUCACAGGCGCGGUUGUUUCUACCUGUGGCGAUCCGUCAGAGCGACAUGAGGUGCAGGACCGCAAGGCUGCGAUCAAAAACUGGGCUUUUAAGAUCGGGAGAGGCGUGUUGCUAAACGCCGCCAAAGACAUACGAUUCUCGUUCGUUGAUCGGGCCUUUGGUGGACGUGGUAUCUCAGAUGCCAGCAUCCGUGCAGAAGAGCAGGAACAUCGGGAGCAACAGGAGGAUAUUGAUCCUCUUGAAGAGGAAGAUGUCGUUGUGGACGCAGAGCUUGUCAGUAGAGCUUGGGCUGAGCAAGCGGCUGAACGGUCAGCCGAGCCUACUAGUCCCGGUGCAGCCGCUGAAGAGGACACAAGCACAGGCGCCACUCCUGGUGCUUCAGGGGCCGAAGUCAUCAUGGAGGAGGAAGACGAUGACGAUGAAGACUCUGACGGUGACUUCGAUCCAUCUGAUCCUGACGAUGAUGACGAUGAUGAGGACGUAGACGAUGGGGGACUUUCGCGUACCCGCAGCGGUCGCAUACUUUGGCGAUCCGACUUUGACCGAACCUAUCUCAGGGAGCGCGUCGAAGCUCAUGUGCCAUGUUCGCCACAUACUCGUGUGUACCAGGGUCACUGCAACGUUCGGACCGUGAAGGAUGUCAACUUCUUCGGAUUACAAGACGAAUACGUAGUCAGCGGUAGUGAUUGCGGACACCUCUUCAUAUGGGACAGGAAGACUGCGCAGCUUCUCAACAUCCUUGAAGGAGACGGCGAGGUCGUUAACGUGAUUCAAGGACAUCCAUACGAGCCGACGAUGGCUGUGUCGGGCAUUGACCAUACGAUCAAGAUAUUUUCGCCUGACGCCAAGGAGCAGCGCAAUGCUCGCAAGGGUAUAGGCGUCCAGUCCGCCGAUCCCGGGGUCUCUAGCCUAGGCUUCGGACGGAGGCGACGGGCACAGCGCGCCUCUGAUUCUGCGCCGCCUCGCGAGCCUACUUCUACCGACGAGGAGGAUGACGAGGUUGCAACAAACGGCCUGCGGAGCCGAAAGGCUAUGCAUGACCAGUACAAGAUCACGUCGCAGAAUGACAUGGACCGGAAGGGCGGGCGCGAGGACGCUUUCAUAACGAGAGCGUUACUUGCUCAAUUAGCCCAACGACUCCAUGCUCAUCAUCAUACAGGAGACGAGGACGAGGAGGGAGAGACGACUAUCGUACUCAACAAUGAUGAGGGCUGCACGGUCAUGUAAUUCAGCCCGCCGUCAGCAUGAUAUCCAACCAUUGCUACCAGAUGUCCGGCGUAUUUGGUGGCCAUAAUGCCCCUGGCCGUAGGAAAGGCGUUCUCACGGAGUCUGGUUCUAGCCGGCGCCCAAACAGGAUCUGG